GGGGCGUGGGAGGCUGGGCCUGCUUUGGUAAUUCCACAAAGAACCGCUGUCUGAGGAAGUUUAAGGGCCAAAAGGUGCGGUACACCUGUUCACAAGAGCACAGCCCAGCCCAGCCAUGGUUAGCAUCAUGGUGUGGUUCAUUCCUUAAAUGAUGCGCUGGGAUGGUUGCCUUUUUUUUUUUUUUUUUUUUUUUUUUUAAGAAUUCAUGAGGAGAUGUAAUGCAGUAAGCUUGCUAGGACAGUGGAGUUAAUUUAGGAAGCACUGGCAGCCAUGUAGCCUGAAGUUCUGCAGCAUCUCACGGGGCUCUGGUGGUCUAACAGUGAACAGGUCAUGCUUUUUGUGUGUGGGGGGGUCUCCAUAUAACACUGGAGUCACUCUGGAAGUGGCCCUGUGUAGGCCCAGAGGAAACUAGCAGCAGUCUGUAGGCCUCUAGGGCCCCAAGUGGCUCCUGGUGUGGGAUAAUCCUGCCUUAAGUUCCCAUUGCUAAUGGGUCUUGGUUAGCUGAGAUCUCUCCUCUGAGCAAGGGCUGAGGGAGCUGGGCUUCUGCAGCCUGGAGAAGAGAGUGCUCAAGGGAGACAGCACUGUGGCCUUCCAGUACCUGAGGGGAGCUUAUGAACAGGAAGAGAGCAACUUUCUACUCAUUCUGAUGUUGACAGGACAAGGAGGAGUGGCUUUAAACUAAAAGAGGGGACAUUUAGGUCAGCUAUUAAGGGGAAAAUCUUUCCUCAGAGGGCAAUGAGGCACAGGCAUUUGUGAAAAGAGAAGCUGCUUGGAGAAGCUGUGAGUACCCCAUCCCUGGAAUUGCCUAUGGCCAGGCUGGAUGGAGUCCUGGGCAGCCUGAGCUGGUGGUUGGCAGCCAAUCCACAGCAGGGCUUGGAACUGAGUGAUCUUUAAGGUCUUUUCUAACCCAGGCCACUCUCAUCUCCCCUGAAUGCCCUCCCUCUCCACUGUUAUUUUUUCCAAGCUGAUGAUCCAGUGCAGUAAUGAUUGCUGAACAAAAUAUAUCUGGAAACCACUUUUUUAUUGCACCUCUAAGAAGUCCACCCAACUCUUUGAAUUAAUAGUUACUGGAAAUACCUUUAAGAAACAUGUGUUAAACAGUGCCACUAAAGGUACAAGCAGAGGAGAGAAAUGGGGAGUGUUAUCCUUAAGUGCUUUCACAUGUUUGGUUAGAUAUUUUACAAGGAAACAGAGGUCUCUGCUACAUACACAGUGCCUCCUUCAUGACACAUGCAGGCUGGGACAGCUGUCUUCUAUAUCACAAAGGCAAAGGUUUCAGAAGCAUCUAAGUGCCCAUCAGUCUAAGAUAUGGCAGACUCCAUUUACACAGAUUUCAACAGGGUGAGCCACUGGCUGGUGUUGCAACUUGUAAAAUCCCCAUGAAGAAAAGGAGGUGUUCAAGACAAGAUCUUUGAACUGUGUGCUAAUAUCUGCCCCAGAUCUUGAAAAACGGGACAAAAUAACCGCAAAUAAUUACUUUUUUUCUAUAUUGAACACUGAAAAAGACACAGAUUGCUCAGCAGGGUUUGUGCUUUAUGCUGAUCAUAAAUGAUGCAGCCUGCCCAAAGAUAAAAUAAGCAUAUCACACACACAUUCAUGAUUCCUUACAGUAAAUGAAGAUGCAUAGUCUUGGAAAAAUCAAGGCUGUUAUGGGGACCCCAAAAAGUUCAGAUUACAAAGUACAGUAACAAAUUGUCUGUAACCAUAGAUAAGCAUUUAUCUAUGCAGCAAAAGUUGUAUUUCAUAUGCAAAGUCCUUAUAUUGGUCUGAGCACAGUUUCUCUUACACGACCUGUAGGGGAAUACAACAGGCUCAAGUAGCUGCCAUGAAUAUUUUACAUCAAACUUUAAUAUGUUUCAGCUUACACUCACCAUUAAAUAUUCAGUGGCUGAAAAGAAAGCUCUCCUUAUGCCUUUUUCAUUCACAUCUGGCACUUCAUGCUACUAGAUGCAAUACAUGAAUGGCCUUCUUCUUCAUUUUGACCAUUUUUUUGAGCUUUGCUUGUGAUGAUGGGGAGCUGCAACUUCCACACCAUGAGGACUGUCAAAGUGGAGUUCACUGCAGAAGAAAACAGAAUCUGACAAACUGUCCAGCAGGCUUUUUCUGCCCUGAAGGAAGCACCACGCCAGUUCCAUGUCCCCGAGGCACUUUCCGUUCUGAAGGAGCAGCACUGACACCACACAGCUGCUUGGCUUGCCCAGUGGAUUUCUUUAACCCCAUGCCUGGCCAAAAAGCGUGCCUCCCAUGCGGCUCAGAGGCAGCACAGCCCACAGAAGGACAAGAAACAUGCAUCUGUCUUGGGAAAGGCCAGGUGUUUCAGGCUCGUGAUGCUCACUGCACGUGCCCUCCGGGUUAUCGGAGCUCUCUGGAUGGCAUAAGGCAUUGUGUCAGAAGAGCAUAUGAUAUUUGUCGAGAUUCAGCCUCCCGAAAUCAGGAAGGACGGUGUCUAACCAAGAAGGAAUGGGCUCACUAUUGCUCGGAAAAGGUUUGUACUAUUCCCAGGGAUUAUCAAGGCUAUGACAAGGUUCUUGGCCUCUGCAUCUGUCAAACUGACCGUCUGGAGAACAUCUGUGAUUCUCAGUGUAGAAGGCAACAAAGAGAUAUCCUGCAAAUCAUCUGUGCAGAGGAAAAUCCUCAGCUUUUUAUCACUUAUAGAAAUGGAAGCAAGACUGCUGUUCUCUUAGAAGAAUUAAGAACAGUUCUACUAGGAUCAUAUUUCCCUUUAAAAGAUGUCUGCUCUUCAGAACAAAGCAAAUACUCCCAUCCAGCAUAUAUCGUGAAAGCAAGUGGGAGAGGAUUUUUAGGAGUGUAUAAUCCUGACCCACAGCUAUUUCACAACUUCAUCAUGCUGAACAAGGCUUUGUCACUUCACAAAAACAGGUCUUCCUCCCCAGCAGCUCCAGUUAAUUCUGACCAUGAAGAACCCAGAUCUUCCCUGGUACAAAGCCUGAGACCUUCAACCUCCACAUCAAAAAGCAUAUUUAGUGGCAUCUUAAAUCCUACCACAUGCAUUAAUGCUAACGUUACCAUUGUGUUCAUUGUCUCCAAGGAGCAUUACCCAGUUUAUGAUGUGAACAACUUGUACAACACAAAUGCCGAAUUUGACUGGGGGGACUUUCGAAGACUUGCAGAGGAAAUAAGAGAUGUUUCCCAAACCUUCCUCUUCUUCCUUUUCCAGUUCCAGCACCCUGGUACCUACGUGUUACAGCUGAGCAGCAAUCAGCACAAAAAAAUGUACAUUAGGGUCAUGCCACUUGGAGGACAGUGUUAUGAAGAGGGGCCGUUCUUCCCCACAACUCCCAGAUAUGCUGUGCAGGUGGGCAUUGCAAGAAAACAAGACCUCCUACUGAAACCUGACUGGACAGCCAUUAUUGGAGUAAUCACAGGACUUCUCACAUUGCUUGUUACCUGUGUGGUGUUGACACUUCUUUGUCAGGGACUUAGUUGGUCACAGAAGGGCACUGCCUGCCCUCCAUUUCGAAGGCAGCAGCUGAAACACAGCCUGGACAGAUAUUCCUCCAAUAUACCAACGGUAUUUUCCAUCAAAAAAUAUCAUCCCUGGCUGCAGAACAAAGGUAGCACGGAUGCUGACUCUUGCAGCACUGGUGGAACAGCCUGCUCCCUGAAAAAGGGUGGUGUUUGGGAACCUGAAGAACAGAUAGACCUUGAGUCGUUUAACACCAGUGUUUUCUUUGAACUUUUGCUGAGGCAGUCACGGUCAGUCACAGCCAAACUGGGCCACUUCAAAGAAGAGGUGAAAACUGUAUAUCGCAAGCUUACGAGUGAAAUAUCUGCACUGAAAAACAUUUGGAUCAUGGCACUAAAUAUCCCAGAAGAGAUGGAGUCUUACGAGAGCACAAUGACAGAGAGUUACUUAAAAGCCAAACAGCAGGCAGAAGAAGAGAUGCAGCACAGGAAGCAGUUGGCUGCAGAAUAUGAAGAAGGUGUGAACAAACAGAUGCAGUUAUUGCAGCAUGAUCUGAAAUGCCAGGAAGAGCAUUAUGUCACGUUCAAUUCCACCCUGCGAGAGGCAGUGAGGUUGGCAGAGAUGCUGACAGAUAAGAUGGCUUGUAAAAGAAGCCCAACCACUUGGUCCCAGCCAGACUGUAAAAGCCUGUUAGCCCAGAUAGAUGCUGCAAGCAACAGGAUGUCGAGCUUAAUAAUAACAGAGAGCCACCGCCUCAAAGCAUGGGGAGUGCUGGGCGAAGGAACAGGAGCUCACCUUCUUAACAAAGCUAAAACCAAGAUCCUUACCAAACAGGAGCUUGUGGACCCAAAUGGCAGUGCCAGAGCACCUGAUGUUGUCUCAGUGGAUCCUGUCACUGGGCUGUUAACUCCCAGCCCACACUGUGCCAUGCUGCUGAGCAGCCAGAGCUCUGGUCCAGUACCCAGCAACCAUUUCCUACAUCCGGGCACUGGGAAGGUGCUUCACGUAGCUGGCAAUGUCGGUUAUGAUCCCAUCAGAUCUGGACUGGUCUGUACUGUUGAUUCUGCUUCAGGUGAGCGUCAGAAGCCUGAAAUACCCAUAUUUCCCUACAUUCCUUACCCAGUCUGUCCUGACACUGGUCUACCUGUGAAGACAAAACUUCCAGUCCUGUGUCCUGAAAAAAUAUUUGGUCUUGGAGGACUCAUGGCAGAUCCAGUGACAGACAUAGAAGUACCAGUGCUUGGGGUUACGAUCCAUCCUCACACUGGACAAAAGCUGGCUGUUGGUGGGACAUACCUCAACCCCAUCACUGGCACAUUGACACCGCUGGAGAUCGGGGGUCCUAUGACAGAGCCAGAGGGAGGCAAGAUUGUUCCAAUCCUCGGGGUCGGUUUGGAUGGUAACACUGGAGAAGUUAUACCUCUAGGUGGGCUGACGGAUCCUUCUGGAAACCUAAUGCUUCUUGGAGAUUCAUUCAUUGAGCCUCUGAGUGGGAAAAUUGCCCGAGUCCAGGGAGCUCACUUGCAGCAAGACAAGGUGCUGCCCCACAGUGGCAGUUACCAAGCAGUGCUGGAAGCUGAGUGGCUGCUAUCCCAAAGUCGUGUGGUGGAUGCUCUAAAGAAGCUUAAGGCAUCAGUUUUGGAAGAUACCUGUCUAGCAGCAGACAGAUUGGCAGUGCUAAAGGCUUCAGUAGAAGAUAUGAAGAAGUCUUUCACUGCUAGAUUUUACCAUGCGAUGCACUGCUUGCAAAGCCUCAAGAAAAAACAAGAAAUAGCUUCAAAUGUCAAGAGUAAUGGUGGGAAUCUGGGCAUGAUCAAAUAUCCCGGCACAGAGAUGUGGAUCCCUGCAGUGUUUGGAAUGAAAAUCCCAGAUCCUGGCCUCGUCCCUAUUGCUAUUGGUGCCAGAACCAUAAGUCCAAUUACAGGUGAAAUUGGGCCUGUUAUUGGUGCUCAAACCCACCCCCAGACACACCACGUAAUUCCUGUUGUUCAGUCCUUCAGAGCUUUACCAAGAAACACGGAUUCAGAGCUGCUGGACCUCCUAGAGAAGGAAAUAAAAUCAAGGCAAAUAUACUGGCAGUGCAGAAUAAAAAAGGAAGAAGGGCUCCUUAAGGAACUGAGUUCUCUAUUUCUUCAUGUCCUCGAUGCUGCAAAAGAGGGAAAGGCACAGAAGAUAAAAUACAGGGGGGAAGUGAAAGACAUUGAGGAAAUGUGUCAUUUUCUUGAAGGGUCCUCUCUGCAAGAAGCUGAGAGAAGAGCUUCAAAGUAUUUCAGCAGCCAGCUGGGCACUGCAUUACCCUUACUAUUCAAAGCUGACAGAGAUGAAAAAGAACAGGAAAUACAGGUUCUGCUGGAGAUCAGAAAGGCACUGGAAAAGCUGAUGCAGUUCGCUAAGAAGAUACAAGAAGAAGAAAAGAGAAUACAUGUGCAGAUGGCACAGAGAGAGAAGCAAAGGGGAUGCACGUCAAGUAUGGAAACAGUCACCAAUGUGAUGUUCAGACAGGUUACACUCGCUUUAGCCUCUGAAUUUCAGGAAUGCAUGCUGAAGGAACAAGCUAACGUGGAGACUGCAUACACCAAGCUGGAAUUUUUGAGGGACUUGUCAGGUAUCCAAACCCAGCAGGCAAAGAUGCUUUUCUGUGGGUCACAACACUGUUUUGAAAACUAUGAGACAGCCAGAUACUAUGGCAGUAGUGCGAUCUCACACAGUACGUGCAAGGCCAUCCAUCACAGUGUGAUCCCACUGCUCAAGUCUAUGGUUCAGAUGCUGGAGGAAGAUAGCAGAAGUUAUAUAACAUCUGAGACACCUGAAACAGCAAGUUCUUCUCAGAGUAAACAAGAUGCCUUCUCCAGUCAAGGAGGAGAACUAAUAGCAGUGGAUUCUGCAGCCCUAUCCACAAGGGAGUUUGUCAUAUAUCAGUAUGGCAUCUCUUUCCUGCAGUUUCUCAGACUUCACAUUGAUGCUCCAGAAGUUAACCUGUGUGUUGCCUCCAGUAUACCCCUCUGUAAUGCCACAGGCAAUGCCUUCAGGAACUCUUUCUUUUACGAGACUUCGAAGAACAGACUGUUCAUUCUGAGGGAUUGUCUGGAUUCUGCUGGAAGUUUCCUCCUGCUCCUUGUGCACUGCUUUGCUCAUAUCGCUGCUGCUGACUUCAGCCAAGACACUAACCCCACCUUUCUGAGGCUUUUUUAUCAGGCACUAAGGACUUGCCUUGGUGAGAUGUUCUCUCUGAGACUUCAGCUGUCAGCAGUUCUCCAAGGUAAUAAAUCCUCUGGGAUAACUCAGAUGUUGCUGAAGGAAGAGCCAUUCUCCAAGGAAGAAAUAAAUCUGAUCUCCCAACUUUUUGAGGUGAAAGUGAAAAACCUCACAGAAAUUGAAGCCUUUGAGAAAAUAAUAAGAAAGACUGAGUCCUGGUCUGGUUGAAAGCUCACCAUCCUUUUUUUCUUACUUCAUUACAAAAUGGCAAUUAAAAGCUGCUUAUGGAUAUCUGGGCUCCCAUGUUUGCAGUUAUCAAUUCCCAACAAACAUAGAAAAAGCUUCACAAGUAGUAGCAGAAGCUACCAUUUUUAUCUGGAAAAAAAACCCUCAUAUCAGAAAAAAAUUACUUGGCCUCACACAAAUCACUAGGACAGCAUAAAAAGCAGUACUAUGAAAAAUGUAUGUAAAGAGUCUAUUAAAGGCUUUUAAAGUUAACACUGCAUUUCUGUGCUUACUGAGUGACAAGUUUAAAGAACCACUAAAUGACAGCUUGUUUGAGAAGAGAAAAAAGCAUUUCCUUCAUGCCCUUAGGCAGCUAUAGAAAGUUCAGCUUCGUAUGGAGGAUGUGAUUUGUGAUGGUGUAUUAUAAGCUGGAGUUGAAUACAAAGCAAAUCACAACAGUUUUUCAUUAUGACCUCACUUUAUACUACAAAGCCAAUCUUCACAAGCUGCUACAUCUGGGCAGGUUGUAUGAAGGGCAGGUCAGAUUUGCUGCCUGAAUAUGCCAGAAAGACCGAUUACUUCUCUCUAAACCAUCACCACCUUUUGAACAACAGAAGUUAAGUUACAGUGAAAUUAGUCUUUCUAACUUGGUCUCAUGAAAAGCCUACUGCUGUCACUAACAGCAGCAUUUCUACUGACUGACUUUAAGCACUCAAUGUCUUUAGCUCUGAAGAGGAAAUCUGUACUUAUUCAUCUCCCUCAGAACUUGAGGAUCAAGCAGAUGCAUUAACUGAAAAGAUAUCAUAAAGAAUGAACACCAUUUUUCAACAGUAACAGCAAGCACUUGCUUUUUGACUACACUGAAUUAACUACUUUAGAGAAAGACUGUUUGGUAAAGCAAAUAAAGGCACCAGAAGAGAAAACAGCCCAAGACAGAAAGUUUUAAUGAUCCUCAGAAGACAACUUGGUGGAUUGGUUCUUAAUUGGCCAUCUGCUUUUGUCCUCAGGCUUUACAUGAAAGUAUUGUAGUCAUUUUAUUAGGCAAAAAUCAUGAGUCAAAGUGUGAAAGACACAGAACAUUUCUUAUUCAUUGGUCAUCACCUCUUGUGCCCACUGCCAGCCUCUGGUUUAGAAAACAAGUAGGAAGAAACAGAUGCCAUACAAGAAUCUGUGAAAGAACAAGAACUUUAAACUAUAUCAUGACCUACAGCAUGACUCAGUACCCUCAUAUUAAUGCUGUUGCAUCAUUCAACAUCAAGUAUUCAACACUGAGAGGUGGGUGGAUUAUUACUGCUUUACAAAUUGUGCACUCAUUCUGUUAUCUCAGAACUGCUGCAUAAAGCACCUCUUCAUCCUACACUGAAACGCUCACUUAGAUCUCAGUAGGAGAGAAAAAAACAGAUUAGAAUAGAUGGAUUACGCUGCUGGAGGACAAAGCUCAGUUAUCAAAGCUGCAAGAAUUAGUUGGAAACACUACUGCUGACUCCCAGGGCUGAAGAAGCCUCCCCCCCACCUCACAUCUUCUUCUUUAUUCAGUUCACAUUUGCACAAAGAGCUGACUUCAUAACAAAGUCUUUUAAAAAGAAAAGCCUCUAUAGCAUAAGCAAUAUUGGGUUUUUGUAUGUAUCUAUUAAACCCUGUUAAUAUCAA